CCCCUUUCUGUUAGAAAACCCUAAUUUUAUUUUCAUCUUUUGGUUUGCAGAUACGCCAAUUUUUUGUUAAUCAUUCUCAGAUCACCAUGGCCAAAAGCUCCUUCAAAUUGGAACACCCGCUUGAGAGGCGACAGGCUGAAGCUGCUCGUAUCAGGGAGAAGUACCCUGAUAGAAUACCGGUGAUUGUUGAGAAAGCUGAAAGAAGUGACAUCCCUGACAUUGACAAGAAAAAGUAUUUGGUUCCCGCGGAUCUGACUGUUGGCCAAUUUGUGUAUGUUGUUCGCAAGAGGAUUAAGCUCAGCGCUGAGAAGGCUAUUUUUAUCUUUGUGAAGAAUAUCCUCCCCCUACAGGUGAGAAGAACACUUCUAUAGUAUCUGUUGUUCCUUUGCUUUGAACAGUUCCUUUUUUAAUUGUUCUUCCACAUUGUUACAGCUGCCAUGAUGUCUGCCAUUUAUGAGGAACAUAAGGAUGAGGAUGGCUUCCUGUACAUGACCUACAGUGGCGAGAAUACCUUCGGAUCCUUUUGAAGUUUCAAGCAGAGACCUUAUUACUGUGUAAAUAAGUCUUAAGAAAACUUGUAAAUACUUACGUUAGCCUACUCUUCUGAAUUAUCUUUCUACCUAGAUGCUGUCUUGGGUUGACAUUGACUGGUUUAAGUAG